AUGGUGAAAACCCUUACAAAAUCCACCCCAUUCUCUUUGGUUUAUGGCUGCGAAGCUGUAUUACUAUUAGAAAUCCAAAUCCCAUCUCUGAGAGUCACCCUUGCGAUCAGGAUGACAGAUGAAGAACAACAUCGAUUGCGUCUUCAAGAACUAGAAGUAUUAGAUGACAUGCGACUUCAAGCUCAACAACAGAUCGAGUUGUAUCAUGCUCAAAUCUCCAAAGCCUAUAACAAGAAGGUCAAAGAGCAAAUCUUCAAGGAGGAUGAUUUGGUUUUAGCUGUCAGACGACCUAUGGUGAUGACAUACAAGACUAAGGGGAAAUUCAAUUCCAAGUGA